ACAAAGCAAGCCACGGAAAAAGAGAAAAGAGCACAACCGAGCUAUGCUCGAUCCACCAGCAAUGGCUAUGGGUCGAUUCGAGGGGAAAGUUGAGCAGGGAAUCGGAGCUGAAGCGGUGUUUGGAUCGAGCGUGAAUCCCUAGCUCGAAUGCUGGAUCGAUCCACCCCUCCCUCUCCUCCCGCCAUGAGAGACCCGAAGCCGAAGCCAGCCGGAGCUCAGCAGCAGCCGAACCACAUCGACAAGUCGAGAAAGCACUGCAGCUGGCUGUGGCUGCUGUGGGCGUCUCUCUCCGCGUACCUCUUCAUCCCGGCGCUCCGCCACUCCAGCUCCGACCAACCCCCGCGCCCCGCCGGCGCCGGCGUCCGGAUCUACGUCUACGACCUCCCGCCGCGCUUCAACCGGGCCUGGGUGUCCGCCGACGCGCGAUGCGGGCGCCACCUUUUCGCCGCCGAGGUGGCCGUGCACGAGGCGCUGCUCCGGCGGCACCUCCGGGCGCGCCCGGAGGAGGCCGACCUGUUCCUCGUGCCUGUCUACGUAUCCUGCAACUUCUCCACACCCACGGGGCUCCCGUCGCUGAAGCACGCCCGCGGGCUGCUCGCCGAGGCCGUCGAGCUCGUGCGCCGGGACAUGCCCUACUGGAACCGCUCCGCCGGGACCGACCACGUCUUCGUCGCGUCGCACGACUUCGGCGCUUGCUUCCAUGCCAUGGAGGAUGUGGCGAUUGCGGGCGGUAUCCCAGAGUUCCUUAAGAGGUCGAUCCUGCUGCAGACAUUUGGUGUGCAGGGACGGCACACAUGCCAGGAGGUGGAGCAUGUGGUGAUCCCGCCACACGUGCUGCCUGAGGUGGCUCGGGAGCUGCCGGAGCCAGAGAAGUCACAUCGGGACAUCUUUGCCUUCUUCCGCGGCAAGAUGGAGGUCCAUCCCAAGAACAUGAGUGGCCGCUUCUAUGGCAAGAAGGUGAGGACCAAAUUACUGCAGCUGUACGGACACAACCGGAAGUUCUAUCUAAAGCGUAAACAGCAUGACGGCUACCGGUUAGAGAUGGCCCGCUCGCUAUUUUGCCUCUGCCCGCUAGGGUGGGCGCCAUGGAGCCCCCGGCUCGUGGAGUCGGUCCUCCUGGGCUGCAUUCCUGUUAUCAUCGCUGAUAACAUACGCCUGCCGUUCCCUGGCGUCCUCCGGUGGCCAGACAUCUCGCUGCAGGUGGCUGAGAGGGACAUUGCCAACCUCGAGGCGAUGCUCGACCACGUUGCAUCGACCAACCUGACAACGAUACAGGGAAACCUCUGGGACCCUGUGAAACGGAAAGCACUGGUUUUUAACCAGCCAAUGGAGGAGGGAGAUGCCACCUGGCAGGUGCUGAAGGAACUUGAGGCGAAGCUGGGACACUUGCGGCAGAAGGGGCGGAUCAGCCCGCGGCUAGACAGGUGAAGUAACCGGGUUCAGAGACUCAUACCAUUUUCUUGUCAGAAGCUACAGGAAGUUCAGGUGAUGUGGAGCAUGCAUCUCGAGCAUCCUGGUUGCGGGGAAACUGACUGCCAAAGUUCAGUGGUGAAGCCAGGAAUCAGAAUUUUCUUGUCAGAAGCUACAGAUGCUAAGGUAUCACCAUGAGAAUGACAUGUCAGAAAGCACAUCUAACUCUGAAUUUGAAGUAUGAAGUAGCAUAACCUUAUGCAUCAAAGGAGGGCAUGCGGCAUGGCCAGGCUGCCAAGAUCUGUGCAGGAGCAAAUACACCAUUUUGUUCUCAGUGAAGGAAAUGCUAUAUUCAGUACUUAGGUAAUCAAGCUCUUUAAUUUGCUUAA